GCGGUCAGCUGGGGUGGCGUCGUAGAGGGUGGGCUAACGGCCGACUGGCGACGGAGCUGUCGCUGUGGCUUCCGGCCAGUCACCCUCGGAGACCCGCGGUGUCAGGUCGCAGGGGGCGGUUAAAGGCGGCUGGGCUCUUGGGUGAGGGGGCGGCGGCGACGCGGGAAGGAUGUUCCGAGGAUUGAGCAGUUGGUUGGGCCUGAAGCAGCCCGAGGGGGCGGCGGCGGGAGGAGAGCCGCUUGGAGGGGACGAGCCGUCGUCGGGAGGCUCGCCCCCUGAGGAGCGCUCCAAGCCGCCGGCGGAGCCCACCGAGUCCGAGCAGCAGCCUACGGGAGACCCAGAGCUUCUCCACCAGGCCAAAGGCCUUGGCAAUUAUUUGUUUAACUUUGCAAGUGCUGCCACGAAGAAGAUAACUGAAUCUGUUGCUGAAACAGCUCAGACAAUAAAGAAAUCUGUGGAAGAAGGAAAAAUAGAUGACAUCAUUGAUAAGACCAUUAUAGGGGAUUUUCAAAAAGAACAGAAAAAAUUUGUUGAAGAACAGCACACAAAAAAGUCAGAAGCAGCUGUGCCACCAUGGGUUGAUAGUCACGAUGAAGAAACAAUUCAACAGCAGAUUUUGGCUUUAUCAGCUGACAAGAGGAAUUUUCUUCGUGACCCACCAGCUGGUGUGCAGUUUAACUUUGACUUUGAUCAAAUGUACCCUGUCGCCCUGGUCAUGCUCCAAGAGGAUGAACUACUAAGCAAGAUGAGAUUCGCCCUUGUUCCUAAACUUGUGAAGGAAGAAGUAUUCUGGAGGAACUACUUUUACCGCAUCUCCUUGAUUAAGCAGUCGGCUCAACUCACAGCACUGGCCGCCCAGCAGCAAGCCUCUGGAAAGGAAGAGAAAAGCAGCAGAGAGGAUAAUUUGCCUCUGACAGAGGCAGUACGGCCCAAAACACCACCUGUCGUAAUCAAAUCUCAGCUUAAAACUCAAGAGGAUGAGGAGGAAAUCUCUACCAGCCCAGGCGUUUCUGAGUUUGUCAGUGACGCCUUCGAUGCCUGCAACUUAAAUCAGGAGGAUUUAAGAAAAGAAAUGGAGCAACUUGUACUUGACAAAAAGCAAGAAGAAACAAUUGCACUAGAAGAAGAUUCUGCUGAUUGGGAAAAGGAACUACAACAGGAGCUUCAGGAAUAUGAAGUGGUCGCAGAGUCCGAGAAGCGAGAUGAAAACUGGGAUAAAGAAAUUGAAAAGAUGCUGCAGGAGGAGAAUUAGCUCCAAGCCAAUUCUUAACAUUGUGCUGAAAUUAAAUUUUGAUGCUCGUUGAAUCAGAAGACGCAAAAAAGUGUAACUUUAUGCAAUUUGAAAUUAUUCUUUUUCAAGCUAAAACUUGCCUCUUCUAAAGUAUGUAGAACAGCUGUUGUAAUAAUCAAAAAUAACAGGAUAUUGUAUGUAACGUUUCAUAUAAAUCAAAUUAGCAAUGUUGAUAUAGACAGCAGAACUCACUAUACCACAGAAACACAGGUAAAAUGGCUAGAGUUUGUUUUCCACAAGGUUGGCAACAUAAUUUAUUCUUUAGUCAUGUUUUCUAAGCAUAGAUACAUACUCAUUGCCUUUUUGUCAAUACAUGGUUAAAAUACUUAAUGGCUUAAUUACUAUCAGAAUGACCAAAUUAUACCAAAGAACUCAAGAGAAAGCACUUUCAAAAUUAUUUUCUUGCCUGAUAUUUUCUAAAAUUCUGUCUGAAAGCCAAAAGCUGAGGUAAUUAAGUUCACUUAAAUGACAUAGACAUCACCCAAUUCAACGUUAGGAAGCACUGUGCAGGACUAGAGUUGUAGUAGGCACUUGCCUGUCAUUUACAAUGCCCCAGGAUUAUCUCAGCUAAAGAAGCAAGGUAGAUUUGUUUAAAGAAAGUUUUACUUUCCCCUAGAACCUUUUCAUUCUAUUUUGUUAAGUAUACCACAAAUUCAACAUCAGACUUUUUGUAAGAACUGGGACCAUCAAUCCUUUUUGUAUUAACAACCUUAAAGAAGCCCGUUUACCUUAAGGUUUGUUCUCAUGGUAAUGGUCACUAUGUAUAAAUGUCUUAAUUAAAUGAUUAGCCUCUAUAGAAUGAUCCUCUUUGGAGUAUAAGUUCUAGAAUUUCCUAAUUAAUCUAUCCUGUAUUCUGCCAUGCCUGCAGGCAUCUGUUCAUAGGAUGUGAUCAUUUUAAAAGGGCAAGGUGAUUUAAUGUUAGAAAACUAACUAGCGUUCACCUUUUGUAUUUUCACAACACCUUUAUUUCAUAAUGGGAAUAAAAUCAAGACAUUUCU